CGGAAAAAUAGUUACUCAGGUAAACGCGUCCCACUCGGAGCCAAUGUACUACUGCAGGUGAAUCAGUUGUUAAGUUCAGGAAACCAUUAGGAUGGCCAGCAACGGUCAAACAAAUCUAGCUCUCAACCUAGACGAGGGUACCGAAAUGGAUCAGCAAAAAGAAGAAAAUCAAAUGGAUGUAACCGAGUCAAUCAGACAACCGCAUCAGCAUGCUUUACUCUACUCGGUCGAUGACGUUCCACCGUGGCAUCUUUCCUGUCUUUUAGGAUUUCAGCACUAUUUGAUGAUGUUUGGAGGCACAAUAUCUGUCCCCUUUAUUUUGACGCCGGCCUUGUGCGUCGAAGAGAAUGACCCCGUUCGAAGCGCUAUCGUUUCGACCAUCAUCUUUGUAUCGGGAAUCAUCACUCUACUUCAGUGCACUAUUGGAAUUAGGUUACCUAUAGUUCAAGGAGGUACGUUCGCUUUCUUGGUGCCUACGUUUGCGAUUUUGAAUCUGCCUGAAUGGUCGUGCCCAGCGCCGGAAGUCAUGGCCAACAUGACUUAUGAGGACAAAACGGAAUUAUGGCAAUUGAGGAUGAGAGAGGUGCAAGGUGCCAUUGUCGUCGCUUCCGUCUUUCAACUUGCUAUUGGCGUUUUUGGAAUCGUUGGCUUGAUUCUGCGAUUCAUCACUCCUCUAACGAUCGCCCCUGCCAUUGUCAUGGUGGGAUUGUCGCUUUUCGGCGCAGCAGGGAACAUGGCCGGCAAACACUGGGGCAUUUCUGCAUUGACAAUCAUCUUGGUCAUCGUCUUUUCUCAAUACCUCAAACAUGUCAAAUGUCCAUUGCCAACCUAUCGGAAGGAACACGGAUGGAGCAUAAAAAAACUCGAUAUUUUCACUCUUCUACCGGUUCUACUGAGUAUCGUACUAGUAUGGACAUUGUGCGCUAUUUUGACUGCAAGCGGAGCCCUACAAUUAGGAUCGCCUGCCAGGACGGACAACAAGAUAAACAUUCUUUUAGAAGCGCCCUGGUUCAGGUUUCCUUAUCCAUGUCAGUGGGGUCUACCAACGGUGAGUGUGGCGGCGGUGUUUGGAAUGUUGGCGGGUGUUUUGGCAUCGGCUAUCGAGAGCAUUGGAGAUUACUAUGCUUGCGCUAGAUUGGCAGGUGCACGACCACCUCCAGUCCACGCCAUGAACCGAGGGAUCGCUAUAGAAGGUCUCGGGUGCAUCCUGGCUGGAAUUUGGGGCUCUGGCAAUGGAACGACAAGUUAUUCGGAAAACAUCGGAGCUAUCGGUGUCACGAAAGUGGGAAGUAGGAGAGUGAUACAAGCUGCAGCUUUAAUGAUGAUGGUCUUUGGUGUUUUGUCCAAAUUUGGAGCACUUUUUAUUACCAUUCCAGAGCCCAUCAUCGGAGGCAUCUUUUGCGUCCUAUUUGGAAUGAUUGCAGCUACCGGUUUGGCCAAUCUGCAAUUUAUUGACCUCAAUUCUUCAAGAAAUCUACUCGUUCUCGGCUUUUCUAUCUUUUUCUCUUUGGUUCUUUCACAAUGGAUGAAAGCUCAUCCUGGCGCCAUUGACAGUGGAUCGCAGAUUUUUGAUCAGAUCGCCACUGUUUUAAUGAGCACAAGCAUGUUCACAGCAGGAGUACUAGGCUUCUUUUUGGACAACACAAUUCCAGGUACAGAUGAAGAGAGAGGCCUGACGAAGUGGCUAGCUCAUCCAGAUCCAAACAUUGAAAACAGCAAUGAAGAAUCAGAACGAGAGUUGACACAGUGCACUUAUGACAUCCCAGUCAUCACUCCAUGGUUGAAAAGUCAAAAAUGGGCAGCUUACUUGCCUUUUCUGCCAUCCUAUCAGCCAGACGUAUGGAAAAGGAAGACCAGAAGCUGGCGGGGAAAGUCCAAAGAUACACCAAAUGGGAAAACAGCUGCAUUUCAAAUGUCCUCAGUUCAAUUACCAACAGCUUGACGACUAAAAACCAUUCAUCAAGGUUUCUCCUAUUUCUUCAACUGAUGUGUGACACGUGGCUGCGUCAUCAGUUUUCUUCAUCGUGCAAAAGUACAGUAGACAAGUCAGGGCGCUUAAUAUCAUAUUAUUUUUUAUAUUUUUCUCAUUUAAUAUACGCGAUUACCUUA